GCCCUGGAGCGCGAGCAGGCGCGGCACGGGGACCUGCUGCUGCUGCCCGCGCUGCGCGACGCGUACGAGAACCUCACCGCCAAGGUGCUCGCCAUGCUGGCCUGGCUCGACGAGCACGUGGCCUUCGAGUUCGUGCUCAAGGCGGACGACGACUCGUUCGCGCGGCUGGACGCUCUGUUGGCCGAUCUGCACGCCCGCGACCCCGCGCGUCGCCGCCGCCUCUACUGGGGCUUCUUCUCGGGCCGCGGCCGCGUCAAGCCCGGGGGUCGCUGGCGCGAGGCGGCCUGGCAGCUCUGCGACUACUACCUACCCUACGCGCUGGGCGGCGGCUACGUGCUCUCGGCCGACCUGGUGCGCUACCUGCGCCUGAGCCGCGAGUAUCUGCGCGCCUGGCACAGCGAAGACGUGUCGCUGGGUGCCUGGCUGGCGCCCGUGGACGUGCAGCGCGAGCACGACCCGCGCUUCGACACCGAGUACAAGUCCCGCGGCUGCAGCAACCAGUACCUGGUGACACACAAGCAGAGCCUGGAGGACAUGCUAGAGAAGCACCAGACGCUGUCGCGCGAGGGCCGCCUGUGCAAGCAGGAGGUGCAGCUGCGCCUCUCUUACGUCUACGACUGGUCCGCGCCGCCCUCGCAGUGCUGCCAGCGGAAGGAGGGCAUCCCCUGAGCGCGACGCCGCACUUGCGACAGCGGAACUCACCCGGGACAACCAGCGCACAGGGGCAGGAGGCUCCAGGAGGCCAGGACAGUCACCUCGGAAGGUGGCGGCGACAGUGAGUCUUUCUGGAGCCCCUCACUGGGGAAGCUGACAGGUCUGGCCAGUUGUCUGGGAGAGUCCAGCCUUCACGGAGAACCCGGUCUAUACGCCGAUGCGUGGGCAGAACCUCCCGCGCUGCAGGCGCUUGCAGCCCGGUCCCAGCCUGUUCUCUUGCCGUCCUGUCCCAAGAUAGAGACAACGAGCCAACGAGCCAAGGGUCAGAGCUGAUGGGCACUUGCAGAACCUGACCCUGAAGACAGUCUGACUUGUCAAGGGUGGGGACAUGCACCGUAUUAUCUGUCCACCGAGGAUGCCACUGCAUGAGAGCCCUAACGGCUGUAAACUGACCACAGCCCUUGCCAGUCACAGCCUGCCCAUGUGCUGCAAUCCAGUGGCUUUUAUCAAACUGCCGCUGCUUUGUACCACUUGGUUACCUUCCUUUGCAUCCCACGUUGGUGUCAUUUAUUGUGUCUAAGUCUAAGGUCAAACUCUGUCUUGUUAAUUAGCUCUCCUGGUAUUGUGAGUGUGUCUCCCUAGAGGGAAUUUGUGGUAAAUGGGAUUCAGGGCUUGCCUGUGAUUUAUUUAUAAAUACUGUACAUUUGUGUAGGUACGAGUGUCGGUUGGAAGUAUGUGGAUAUCGGUAUUUUUUAAGUUAUUUGAGAAGACUUCUGUGAGAACUUGGAAUUUGUGAGUUAAUCUGUUUUUACAGCGCGAGUUCCUGCAUGCAUGUUUAAACGUGGAAGAAUUUUAAAACUGUC